AACGCAAACGGAUGCAGUGAUAUCGCCUCUCCGCAACCGCUUAGAUACGAGCCACUUUGUCUCAAGAUUGAGAUGCCAGUACAUCAUGUGACAGUAUUGACGAUAUCACGAUGGGUUUGCUUUUAGAAUCGGAGCACGUCAAGCUGGAGUCGGCCGACAGGGAACAGGGUGGAACAUUAAUCAUUGACCUGCGCCGGGAUGGCACCAUCUCGGGCCGGGAAACGAAUCACGAAGAGGAUAUUGCCAAUUAAUUGCCAUGCCCGGCGGAUGUCAGCGUCUGCCUGAGGGUUCGCCGAAACGCAAGAUGCCGCCCAUCAGCCUUUCGCAAACCUUCGUGGCCGGUUCAGCAGUACGUGGGCUGAGGCCAUGUAGUCGCUCGCCAUUCCCGACGACAGGCUUGACGGGAGAUGGUGCUGGCAGUGUACAAUAUGUUGUCAGUGAGAUGGAAGGACUUUCUCAUGUACUCGUAUAUCACGAGGUGAUGACUCCGUUGGACGAAGGAGGAGUCGACGGUUUGUAAUAUUUCUCGUUCCAUAGUUGUUGCGCAGGAGUCACUCCUGGGGCGACAAGGAAAUUCACACUG